AUGACGCUUCAACUAUUCUUUCGCAUCGCGACAUCGCCACCAACGCCUCUCUACCGUAACUCGUUUGCGCGUUCCAGCAUCCCUAGACCAUCGACGUAUGGUAACUCGUUUGAUCCUUACGCGGCGAAUGAAAGAGCUGGUUUGAUUGACAGCUCAGACCAUGUCAUUGAAUUAUCAAUAUUGCCGCCUAAAUGGUAUAUUAUUAGACGAAUUGCUGAUGAAAGUCGACUUUCAUCGAUAGCUUCACAAGAGCAAUCUAUGAGCAAAAAUAUUCAGACUCGAUUAGCCAUGAAAUUACAAGAUUUAUCUUCGAAUUUCCGGAAGCAACAAUCUUCUUAUAUGAAAAAAUUAAAAGUACGAGAAUCAAGAAGCUCUCCCUUAUUUUCACUGGAUAGUAGAACGUCCUCGGAUAAUACAAGUGAUGAUUUAGAAUUGGGUUUUACAUUAGAGCAACGAGAACUAGUAGAUUCAACAGAAGUAAAUAUCACACAGCGAGAACAAGAGAUAAAUGAAAUCGCGAAAUCGAUUCAAGAGUUAGCCGAUAUUUUUCGCGAGCUGCAGACUUUUGUGAUCGAUCAGGGAACAAUGUUGGAUCGGAUUGAUUUUAAUGUGGAGCAAAUGUCUGUGAAUGUCAAAUCCGCUGUUCGGUUCGAAAUACCAAAAGAAAACGAGAAAUCGUAA